CAUUGAGGACUCCCACACAGCAUGAACAAGGAGGACUGACUAAAUGGCAUGUCAUGGGUCUUACUGCUCUCCCCGCAUGCACAAUGGACUCCCAAUUUACAUAUGUCUUAAUCUUGCUUUUGAAUAUGUUUGAAUAUUCAUCAGGAAUAAUAUAUAAUAAAGGUAAUAUGAAGAGAAGCUUUGCUUGUUCCAGUGAAGGCUUCCCCAAAGACAAUGAAAUAAUCAAGUUGUUUCUUUCCUUGAAUAACUUGGAAAUCCACUGUUUUUUCCAAACUGAAGAUGAACUCACUUCAAAGGGAUUGCUGAGUGUGUUCACAUCCGGAGGUCUCGCUCCCAGCCUGGAAAUCCUAAAUAGUACUUACCAUGGCAUCUUCCACUUCAAUUUAACGUUGUUCAGUGAUCGGGUUUUCUGGUUAAUUGAUAUUCCUAGAGAAAACAUCACAAGAAACACAGAUAUUGCAGCUACAGAACAAUGGCUAGUGAGGAUCUCUUUACAUCAAGGAUUAAAUAUUUACACUACUGAAGGAACUCUAUUGGAUAGUAUUCGAGAACCUAUUCUUCAGUGGAAUCUUGGAAAUGUAAUGACCCCAGACCAGCUCAGCUUAUUAUAUCCACAUGUGCUGGAUCUCAAAGUGACAAAGUGCCCCUGUGCCAAUGAUGUAGCAUUACUUGGCUUUGUUAUGAAUUUUACAUAUAGUGGUUUGAUCAUCUUAACUGCUAGAAUAGAAAAACUACAUUUUCUCAGGGCAGACUUUUGUGGCUUUGAAAGGGUUGACUAUGUCAAGGGAAAGUUGUGGUACAAUGAAAGAUGUUUUGCUAAUAGAGAACCAUUUGAAGUUGACUAUGUUACUGUCACCUUUGACAGGAAUAGGACGCUAAGUGAGUCAAGCUCUUGUUUUUAUAGUCACGAACCAUUCCUUAAUUGGAUGCCUUGCAUACCAUAUAAUUCCAAAAGUGUAAAAUCUUUGCCAAAGGUGAUAACAUUUCUUGUUGAUCCAGAGCAAAAUACUGGUAUUUACCUCUUCAGUGAUACGGCUACCAAACGUACCAUGGUUACUGUGAACGUUCUGCAGGAUUCACAACCAAGUCUCCAAACCAAAUUUCCUCCUUUCCACUUUCCCGCCUCAUUCUCUAACCCUCUUGGGAUGGUGUUCCAUCCCCGAAGCCACUUUCUUUAUGUUUAUGGAAACCAGGUCUGGAUUUCAAUGGAUGGUGGCAACACAUUUGAACUAAUCUGUGCAUUUUACCAUAGCGUCAUAAAAGACACUUACCAUAGCUUUUAUACUUCAGAUAUUGUUUUGGUUUCCAUAAAUAGAAGGAUUUACUUGACAAAGGCAGGACUACAAGUAUUUACUAGAAUUGGAAUCAUUGAUGACCCAGUUUUCACAUUAUACUAUGAUCACUUGGGAUUCAUACAUAAACUAACUCCAGAUCACUUUGACUCUGGUGCAGAAGUUGGAGCCUUGGGAAGUUCUACAAGUAUUUUUGGAGAGUGCUUCAAAUCUACCCAGGAUCUCUUCAUGCAAAUAUCUUCACAGAAAACCCUGUUUUCACUUAAAUCUGGAGUAGCUGCCAUAAAGAAGGUACUGCGGCAUAAGAAGCCUGUAGGAUUUUUGACCUCAGUCCUCACAGAACUGAUAGAACCCUUUGCAGUAGAAGAAGCAAAUGAGAGCUCUUGUUUGUCUAGCUCUCUUUCCAUUGAGGAAACUCAUACUGCCUCCUAUAAACUUGUUCUUGAUCCACAAGUCUCUGUAUCUAAACACAGUCACCUUCUGAGUGUCCAGGGUUUACAGUUCAACAUGGGAAUUUUGGGUGAAAACAGUCAGGGCCAUGAGUUAAGUUUAAGUAAUCUUUCUUUAUCUGGUUAUUUCCAGGGUUCCACUUCUCUGGCAUUGGUUAUGUGGGAAGCCUCAUCAGAGUGCUUUGCGACCACGCUGGUGCCCACACUCAAAAGCAGCUGCAGUUACCUCAGGGCUAUGCGCCAUGUCCCCAGAAUGGUCAUCCCACCCGAGGACUGGCUUAGCGGAGAACACCAAGACAGUCAGGGUUUCAACAGGAUCAAAACACUGCCGGUAAACUACAGGCCUCCAUCUAAUAUGGGAAUUGCUAUUCCACUCACAGAUAAUUUUUAUCAUGCAGAUCCUAGCAAACCCAUACCUAGAAAUCUAUUCCAUAAGUCACAGGGGUCUGAGCUGUUUCACUUUAGAGUGUCUGUUGUUCCAGGGGUCACUUUUUGUAACUUAGUCGAAGAAUUUCAGAUUUACGUUGAUGACGUGCCAUUGCCAUUUCCAGGACAUACGCUUAUUGCUGUGGCAACAGCCGUAGUGAUGGGGGCGUUGAUUUUUACAGUAUUUAUGUUCCAGCUGCGUAACAUCCACCCAGGGGAAGCAAUUCGAAAAUGGAUUCAAGGAAACAAAGUGAACAUAUCAAAUAGCAGUGUCUCAUAGCAUCAACUAAACAACAUCCUAAAUCUCAUUUCAUCAGACAAAUCCCAGAACAACAUGCUUAAAUGUUAAGUUUACAAAACAAAACCAGAUAAAAAUACUACAGAAUUACUAUUAUAAUUCCAAGUAUUAUCUGCCAAUAAGUUUACAAUUCCAUUCUCUUAUGUUGAAUACAUAAGAAAUUUAUUUCAGCACUUA